UCACUCUAUUGUUGCAAGACCUCAGAUACUCAUCAUGCGAAAAAUGCCAGUUAACAUCAGGAUCCUAUACUAUGCUAAACACUGCACUGAACCCUAUGUAGAGAUUGUCACAGUUAAUGAGGCGAAGCGGUGCCAGAGCGUAUGUAGCUCGGAGGACGAGGAGCCGGAGGACCUGCUGCCUGUACUGAUAGAUCACAGUGAGCUGCUGAAGGAGGCCCACAUCCAGAGGCUGGCCAAUCACCUCCCAGCACGGACACAGGGAUAUCCAUGGAGGCUGGUGUACAGCACAGCAGUGCAUGGGAUAAGUCUGAAAACACUAUACAGCAACAUGGCUCACCUGGACAGCCCUGUGCUCCUGGUCAUUAAAGACAUGGACAACCAGGUGUUUGGCGCUUUCUCUUCCCACCCCUUCAGAGUGACUAAUUACUGUUACGGGACGGGAGAGACGUUCCUCUACAGCUUCAGCCCGGAGUUUAAGGUGUUCCGCUGGAGCGGGAAGAACUCGUACUUCGUGAGAGGCCAUGCGGAUUCCCUUCAGAUGGGCGGGGGAGGAGGCCACUUUGGCCUGUGGCUUGACGCUGAGCUGUGCCACGGCUGCAGCCUCACCUGCGACACCUUCCACAACCAGCCACUCUCAGCAAAGCAGGAUUUCAUUGUUCAGGACCUGGAGGUGUGGGCCUUUUGGUGAAAAAACACAGACAGAGGGAGAAAGUGACUUUAUUUCUAUCUGCAUGGGUAUAUCUGAGGCCUAAGCAGUAACAAAGGCAGGCUGCAUAUCGCAGACCCUUACUGCUCACUGACCUAUGCAUGACGCACAACUCCACCCUAUCCCAGCAGGCACCUGAACCCAAAGACUCAACAGAACUAAACAAACCAUUUAACACAUGAAGCGUGGAAAGCAGGACUAUCUAGACGCAAUUCAGAAUGAGAAAAAGACAAACCCAAAGUUAAUAUUUGGGAGUUCCUUUGGAUUUUUAUCACUGGACACCAUUAUUCAUUUGAAAAAUAAUUUUCAGUUUUACACUUGUUGAAGCUGUUGAGGUAAAGUACUUUGCUCAAAGGUACAGAACACAGGGUUUCCAUCUGUGGCCAUCACCCAUUACUUUAAGCACUACGUUUCAAUGGUGGCCUAACUUCACAAAGUACCUUUGACAGAGGAAGAAAUGUUUACAUAAACUGUACCAGGCUUUGAAAAGACAUCUCACAUCACGCCAGUAAUAAGGAAGCUGUUCUGAAUUUGUCAGCUAUAUAUCAACAGAGAUCAUACCACAACUUCACCAUGUUUCAUGUCUUUUCACAGAUCCAUAAAGUUUGCACUGUGUUAAAGAACCAAAUGUGAUUUUUA